AUGUACAGUAUCAGCUGGGAGAGAAACCAUUGUAUCUGGGCCAUCCCAGCCAGCGAGCCCUACUUCAACCUCAGCGCCUACUCGCGCAAAUUCAAUCAUGGUCUCAUCUGGGUCUACUCCUUCCACCACGGCGAAGCCGUACACUGCUUCGAGCAAGCCAUAGCCCACGAUCCCACUUUCGCCAUGGGCCACUGGGAUCUCGCCUACGCAGUAGGCCCCAACUACAACAAAGCCUGGGAGCGGUUCAACCGCAAAGAUCUUCACACCUGCGUACAACGUGGCUACGAAGCCUCACGCAAAGCCCUCGCUCUCUCCCAAUCCACCGACACCACACCUCUCGAGCAAAGCCUCUGCAAAGCCAUAAACGAGCGAUUCCCAACCCCAACCUCCCUCCAACUCGAAACCUACAGCGCCGUCAACCGCGCCUACGCCGCCGCCAUGAAACCCAUCUACGAGUCCUUCCCUAACGACCUCGACAUGGCAGUCCUGUACGCCGACGCCCUUAUGAACAUCACCCCCUGGGCCCUCUGGGACCUCUUCACAGCCCAGCCCAACCCCAAAGCGCCUACCAAGGAAGUUCAAACCGUCCUCGAAUCCGCCCUCGUCUCCCAUCCCCACUACCAAGCCUACUCCCACCCAGGCCUCCUUCACCUCUACAUCCACUACAUCAAAAUGUCCCCCACCCCAGAAAAGGGCAUCUACGCCGCUGAACACCUCCGCGACCUCGUCCCUGACGCCGGCCAUAUCCACCACAUGCCCACACACCUUGACAUCCUAAUCGGCGACUGGCGCGCCUCCAUCAGGUCCAACUACCGCUCCACGCUCGCAGAUGACCGCUACGCCGCCAAAGCCGGCCAUAAUAACUUCUAUACCUUUUACCGCCUCCACGACUACCACUCGCUCAUCUACGCCGCUAUGUUCGCAGCCCAGAAACGUACCGCCCUCGAUGCAGUGUCCCGCAUGGAAGCCAGUAUCCCGGAGUCUCUCCUCCGCAUGCAAUCUCCUCCUAUGGCCGACUGGAUCGAGCACUUUGUUGCUAUCCGCCUGCACGUCAUGGUCCGCUUCGGGUUGUGGGAGGAGCUUAUAAAUAAUACCUCUCUUCCCGGAGACCAGGAUCUGUAUGCUAUCACGACAGCAACAACCCACUACGCCCGCGGGCUCGCCUACGCCGCUACCAAUGAUGUCCCCUCGGCCCGCAGGGAAGAAGCCUUGUUCCUGGCAGCCCGGGACCGCGUCCCGCCCACUCGCCGCGCGUACAAUAGCAAAGCCGCCGAUAUGUUGGCCGUGGGGGUCGCCAUGCUGAAGGGGGAGAUUGAGUAUCGAGCAGGGAACUAUGAGACGGCGUUUGCUGCGCUGAGGGAGGCCAUUGUGUUGGAGGAUCAAUUGCCGUAUAGUGAGCCGUGGGCGUGGAUGCAGCCUGUUAGGCAUGCUUACGCGGCGUUGAAGCUAGAGCAAGGGGAGUUGGAGGAGGCGGCCAGGGUGUAUAGGGCUGAUUUGGGGCUGGAUGAGUCGUUGAUUCGUCCCAGGAGACAUCCGAAUAAUGUUUGGGCGUUGCAUGGGUAUCAUGAGUGUUUGGUGAGGUUGGGGAGGGUAGAGGAGGCCAGGGCCAUUGAGGGGGCCAAGAAUGUGGCGUUGGCCGGGGCGGACGUGCCGAUUUUGGCGUCGUGCUUUUGUAGAUUGGAAGUUUCGAAGGAGGAGAAUGGGGGGUGUUGUGGGGGAAAAUAA